CUCUUCCCGUGACGUCAGCCUCUACCUUCCUUCCCGUCGCUCCCUCUGAUGCUAGCACAAUUAGCAUUAGCCCGCUAGCCUCCAGCAGCUGUCGGUGGCAGUCAGUCAGCCCGGGUGUUGCGUCUGUAAUCCUCCUCCCUCCCGAAGAGAAAAAAAACUGUGAACGGCUGGGUCGCUACCUCGGAAGCCAGCUGCUCCACCUCGCCGGGCCACCUGCAGUAAAACGUUGCCGUCCUCCCCGUCACGACAGGAAGAAGCCCUGGGACAUGGCCAGACCAGAACAAGUCCUGGUGCUAGAGCCACAACACGAACUGAAAUUCCGAGGCCCGUUCACAGACGUGGUCACUGCCACUCUGAAGCUCACCAACCCCACAGAUAGAAAUGUGUGUUUCAAAGUCAAGACAACUGCCCCUCGCAGAUACUGCGUGCGCCCAAACAGCGGCAUCAUUGACGCUGGAACCUCCAUCAAUGUUUCUGUCAUGCUACAGCCUUUUGACUACGACCCCAAUGAAAAGAGUAAACACAAAUUCAUGGUGCAGUCCCUGCUGGCUCCAUACGACAUGACCGACAUGGAAGGAGUUUGGAAGGAGGCGAAGCCUGAAGAGCUGAUGGAUUCAAAGUUGAGAUGUGCAUUUGAGAUGCCUCUAGAAAAUGACAAAACUCAUGAGAGUGAAAGCAACAAAACUAUCACUUCCUCUACCUCCUCUGUUAAGACUGAGCACUCUGUGCUGCCCAAGUCAGCCAGCGCCUCGCUGGAUGAUGGAGAGGUGAAGAAGAUCAUGGAGGAGUGCAAGCGGCUGCAGAUGGAGGUGCAAAGGCUACGGGAAGAAAACAAACAGAUCAGGGAGGACGAUGGGCUGCGGAAGAGAAAGGUGACGUCAGUGGCCGCUUCUCACUCCUCCGCCAUGGCGACCUCAGCUGUGAGGGACGAAGGCCUAAGCACCCGUGUCCUGGCACUCUGCGUGCUGCUCUUUGUCAUUGGAGUCAUCAUUGGCAAGCUGGCCCUGUAGAGACACAGAUGGACAGAGCACAGGGACGGACGGGCGGCGUGCUUGGACGAACACGCGCCAUGACGGCAACGGGGAUGUCUUCUGGGUUUAUGUUGAUUUCUCUUUAUUUUCUUUUUUUUUUACAUUUAAGGCAAUAUCAUGAUGGUUUGUCUGGAUGGAAAAUAAUUUAAUGUGUAAAAAGAAAACGAAGGAAGGUGAUCCCAAGUUAAACCAUGAUUGCAAACGUUUUUGUCACAGGUUUUGCCUUUUCCUUUGUUUUGUGAAAUGAUCUCUGAUCUGUUCUUUCCGUCCACCUCUCUUUCCUAAAUGAUCCUCCACAACUUGCACAGGUCACAGUUAGUGGUGUGUGGAAGUAGCUUCACGCUGGCUGAAUGUCUGAAGUCUUUCAUUUCUUCCUUAUAGAUUCAUUAGUCUCAGACUUCCUCACUCACAUCGUCUCUAAGAAAGCUCUAACACUCCUCUGAUAAUCUCUCUUCCACUUAAUACUGAUGAUCUGCUAAAAGUGAACACAAGUAAUCAGUGAAAGACUUUAUUUCCUCGAUUCAUACUCUGUGUAUUGUCUUCUGAACAGUAGGCGGUGAAAAUGUAAGCCAGUAGAGGCCAUGCAUGUGUGUGUUUUGGUUUUGCCUCCUGCAGGAGGGCUCAUGUGACUGCGUGUGGAUGUUUGUAUGAGGAAGCCACAAACGUAAAAUCGUAGGCGGUUUUAGAACAAAGGAUGAAGGGUGGUGGGGAAAAAAUACAUCUGAACAGAUAUCCUGUACACAACAGAAAAAUGGGGCGGGUUGAAUAAAACCUAUGAUUUCAGUUGCUAACCAGACCAGAGAAUCUUUAAAGAAUUCAACAAACUAUUCUUGGACCAAAUGAUGGGUCCGUAAAAUCAAGAUAAUGAUCAAUAAUUUCUGCUGCAGUGAUCUAAUUCAAAAACAGCUGUAAUCAAGUUUAAGGCGUCAGGUAUUUCCCAGUUCAAGUUCCACUUCCCAGAUAAUUUUACUUCCUCAGGUUGCCAGAGAAAGGAAAAAAAGACCCAAUUUCCCUCUGAAACCAGUGAACAUAUCAAGUAAAACCAACUGUACAUCUUCAGCAGUUUACGCCACGUUGUUUGAUUUCACCCAUGGGGUAUUGUGUGUCCUCUAGUGUAUCACAUUGAUUUGUUUGCAUUUUUUUCUCCCUUCCAUAAAUAUGUAGCCACGAAGCUUCUGAUGUUUAUAAUAUUCAAAUGCACUAUAUUAAAGUGUCCUCUCUGCAGUUUGCAUGAACUGACCUGGGUUUAUUAUGAUUAUUAUUAUUAUUUUGAGUG